UCCAAGAGUUACCUCCCAUUGAUCAGUCGGUCGUAACAUUAUAUUCCACGUUAAACAUGUUAGCAGACUGCUUAUUAAUCGUUUUUAUUUCCAUUUGCACCGCUUUUCUCGGAGAAGGCCUAACAUGGCUGCUGGUAUACAGAACGGAGAAGUACAAGAAGUUGAAGGCAGAGGUGGAAAAGCAAAGCAAGAAAUUAGAAAAGCAAAAAGAAGUUGAAGCAACUGAGAGAAGUCAGAAGAAAAAGAUAGAAAGACAGGAGGAGAGAUUGAAGAAUAACAACAGGGACUUAUCAAUGGUGAAGAUGAAGUCGAUGUUUGCCAUUGGAUUUGCUUUCACCAGUCUGCUCAGCAUGUUCAAUUCUAUUUUUGAUGGACGUGUGGUGGCCAAGCUUCCCUUUGUGCCCAUUUCAUUCAUCCAGGGUCUCUCCCACAGGAACUUGGCUGGUGAAGACUACAGUGACUGCUCCUUCAUCUUUCUCUACAUUCUCUGUACCAUGUCCAUCAGACAGAACAUUCAAAAGAUGCUGGGUCUAGCACCAUCCCGGGCGGCCAGUAAACAGGGCGGUGGCUUCUUCACCCCACCAACCCAGAUGACAAAGUAAAAGGUCCCUCAGAUGAUGAGAGAACUGUCAUUAACAGCUGGAGAUUUAAGAAGAAAAUCUUAAUGUCAUCCCAUAUUAAUUUAUAUUUGAAUGUUCUUUUACAAAAGUGUAUGUUAUGUAAUUGUUUGUAUAAAACAGAUACAUGUUGUACAAAUUUUCAUUUAGCUUUAGGAUUUAUUUAUUGAGAAUAUGUAACAGGAAAUACAUGAUUUUAAACUGAUGUCACUUAAAUUGUGAACAUGGUACACUUUCAAUGUAAAAUAUCAGAUGCUUGUCUGUGUACAUGUUUUUAUUUGUAUCAUUUAAAAUAAAAUGUCAAACAUA